AACCCUAGAUAUAUCAAGAAGAGUAUUUCAUAAUUCAUAUUCAUAUUUAUUGACUUGGACACUAAGGUGCUAAUGCUGUUCUCUGAAUGAUUUCCACAGUGAUGCAGAUGAAAUAAAAGUAAAAGAAGAGACAGGGGCAACAAUUCGAUGUUUCCCUUUUAAACAGCCCCAAGGGCGCGAAACAUGCCUAAUGACUAGGAAACCUGCAGAAGAAGUUGCCAUUUUCGCAAAAUCUUAUUAAAUCUUUGGCCUGCACACUAUCAAGCAUGCUCAUUUGUGAUUAUCUUGUUUUGUUAAGGCUUGUCUUCCUCCAGCAUAUAUGGUAAAAAAGGACAAACUUUCAUCCAGCUUGUGAUUAGGGGCAUAAACUUAAUUCUUGUUCUGUUUGGGUUAGUUCUAGCGUGUGUUACGCCUGGCUAGCAUCGAAAAAGGUGGUUGGGUACAAAAAAGCCCGAGAAAAAGUGUUGGUUGACUACUAAGGCUCUUUAAUUUAGAUGAGAAGAUUUUCUUCAAAUUAAAACUGCUUCUGAUUUUAUAUAUUUAUUUACAAAUCGAAUUACGAUUCGAUCCAAAUUACUCUGAAGAAGUCUUCUCCCAUGGCUCAGCCUGGAAGAUCCGGGAGUGAUGCUGUUGGAAAUGAUCAAGUUUAUGAUCAAAGCAUCAUAAUUCCCAACAAUUUCAGAACGAAAGAACUCUCAUGGUUUUCGACAUCUCAAAUCCCUGCAGAUUUUUCCGUUCAAGUUCAGGAUGUAAGCUUUAGUGUUCACAAGUAUCCAUUGGUAUCAAAAAGUUGCUAUAUUGGGAGGCUGGAACUUCAGCCAUCAAUCUCAAAUUUUGGGUAUGAACUCAAGUUGGAAAACUUUCCAGGUGGAUCAGAAACAUUUGAGAUCGUUCUUAAAUUCUGCUAUGGUCUCCCUGUAGACAUGAAUCCUAACAACAUUGCUGCAUUAAGAUGUGCAUCAGAAUAUCUAGAGAUGACAGAAGAGCUUGAAGAUGGAAAUCUCAUCUCGAAGACAGAAGCUUUUCUCACCUUUGUAGUUCUUGCUUCGUGGAAGGACACAAUCACAGUCAUUAAAUCCUGUGAAUUCCUUUCUCCCUGGGCUGAAAACCUCCAAAUUGUCAGAAGAUGUUGCGAUUCAAUUGCUUAUAAGGCUUCUAGAAAGAACUCGAUGACUGGAGAUUCAGACACAACAGAAGGCUGGUGGUUCGAUGACGUUGCUUCCCUCCGCAUUGAUCACUUCAUGAGGAUCAUAACAGCAAUCAGAGCAAAAGGAGCAAAACCAGAAACUGUAGGCAAAUGCAUCAUGCAUUAUGCAGUGAAAUGGUUGCCAGGCAUGGACGAGGAAUUGGAAGGCCUAAGAGGAUAUGGUUAUGGGAAGCACGAGCUACAGUUCAGUAUUAUGAGCAGAAAUAAGGAAGAAGGAGGCAUUGGACAUAACAAAGAGCAAAAAACAAUCGUUGAAAGCCUAGUAAGCCUACUCCCUCCUCAACAAGGAGCAGUUUCAUGCAAGUUCCUGUUGCAGAUGUUGAAAACAGCCAUGGUAUAUUCUGCAUCACCUGCUUUGACAGCAGAGCUUGAGAAGAGAAUAGGGAUCAUGUUAGAAGAUGCCAAUGCAAUUGAUCUUCUGAUCCCCAAUUACAAAAGUGAAGAUCAGGGGGCAACAGUAAAUUCACCUGAACAUCGCAUGAUGCACAACUUAGAUGUGGUGCAAAGGAUUUUGGAUUACUUUUUAAUGCAUGAGCAACAGCAGCAGCCGAAAAUUGGAAAAUCAAAUGUCAGUAAAAUCUUGGACAAUUACUUGGCAGAGAUAGCAAAGGACCCGAAUCUUUCCAUCACUAAAUUUCAAGUUCUAGCCGAAUCCUUGCCAGAAAAUGUUAGAUCAUGUGAUGAUGGUCUCUACAGAGCCAUUGACACCUACCUCAAGACUCAUCCUUCAUUAUCUGAGCAUGAUAGAAGGAGGUUAUGCAAAAUAAUGAACUGUGAAAAAUUAUCACUUGAUGCAUGCAUGCAUGCUGCCCAAAAUGAUCGAUUGCCUCUACGCAUCAUUGUCCAGGUUCUAUUUUCAGAGCAAGUAAAGAUGAGGAUGGCCAUGCAGGGUAAAGAGCCAAUACAAAGAGUUGAUAACUAUGAACAGGAAGAAAACCAGUCACCAACGAACAUAGAGAUCAAGACUCUCAAAGAAGAACUAGGGAAUGUAAAGACAAAAAUGGCAGAGCUACAGGAUGACUAUUCUGAGCUGCAAAAAGAGUAUGAGAAGAUCAGCAAGAAGCAGAGGAAUAAUCCAGGAUCAGGAUGGACUUUGGGUUGGAGAAAAAUUAAGAAUUCUUUUCACACCAAGGGAGAAGGUGAUGAAACUGGAGAAGGACAUCAGAGACCAAAUGCACGGAGCUUCCGAAUCAGCUUCAGACGAAGGUCAUCAAUCUCGUAAUUUCUUAAUUAUAACAUCAAGGCUCAACUUAGCAAAGGCUUCAACAGCAUCAUCUACAUUCAUUUAGUGUGAAUAUCUUCAUCAUCUUGUGGUUGCCUACAUAUAUUAUUGCUGUAAUCUCUGUCUCAUUAGCAAAAAGAUGCAAGAGAACUCACAGAUUCUCCUCCUAUAUUACACAUAGAUGGUACCUUUACUCUUUAAUGAGAUUGGAAGUUUAAUUUCAGUCAUUUAGCUUUACAGACUACAGCAAUGAUUCAUAUGAGAUAAACAGAUAUUUCAGCU